CCCAACACUUUUUUCUAUCUAAUUUGACAUGGAACUCCAAUUGGGUCUUACCCUGUCUCUAAAUUCAGCUCAUGGCUCCUUCCCAGACAUCAAUUUCGAGGAUUGCGCCAGUUUGAAGAGAAAACGAAGCUAUGGUUCAGCAUUCCAAACCACUCUGCCUCUUUUAUCUUGGAAACACAAUCAGCCCAAUGAAGAAGAAGAUGAUGAUAAUGAAAAACACUCUUCAACUGAGGAACAUGAAGAUGAAGAUGGAGGAUUGGUGGGUUGGCCACCAAUUAAAUCAUGGAGGAAGAAGAAUCAGAGACUCGCCGCCGCCAACGGCGGUGGCGGCGCCGUCACCGGCGGCGGUGAAGAGAGGAGGUCUAGUAGUUAUGUGAAGGUAAAAAUGGAUGGAGUUGCAAUAGCAAGAAAGAUUGACCUAAGUCAAUAUAGUUCCUCUGCAACACUGUUAAACACCCUUCUUACCAUGUUUGGAAUAGAUAGAGAAGAAGAGUACUCUAAUUAUGUGAUGACUUAUCAAGACAAAGAAGGAGAUUGGCUGCUGGCUAAUGAUGAUGAUGUGCCAUGGAGAUUGUUUGUAGAAUCGGCGCAACGUUUGAAGUUACAAAGAAAUUAAUUUGAGUAGAGUUGUUUUUUUUAUAUAUAUAUAAUUAAUCCCUUGGAAAUGUUAUGAUUUCUUUUUAUUCUAUUAUUGCAGUUAUCUUAGUAGUUAGAUUUGUUUGUAUGAUGAGGUAGUUAAGGAAAAUAUAUAUAUAUAGUGUAAACUACUUUAU